ACGAACACCGCCGCCCGGCAUAUUUGCUCCUCCUCUGCCCGCGGGGCUUCACGCGUCGACCCGCACCGCGCCCAGCUGCUCGUGUGAGCAGGCCACCACGGCCGACGGAACCAACCAUCUUCUUGAGUCUCUUUUUAUCGCUGCCGCCGGGGACCUGGGCGCCGCCCGUCGAUGAAACGUCUAGCGUGAAGGCCCUCAGAUGGUCGGCAACCUGCCCUGGUCAAGCACCGGCGCCUUCUCUCUGCCGCGAGCGAAUUUGCGGGCGUAUCCGAACUACACCAGCCCUAUCGCCGCUGGGCCUGCUCUCUCGCAGCUGCCAUCACAGUGCUCGGUUCAUCUCUUUAGCGGUGUGCUGCUAACAGCGUAUGGGCAGAUCGCGACCGCGCCCUUUUCUACGCCUACGGGCGCUUGCUCCGCUCCAUGGUCGUCGGUCGUGCUCAGCAUGCACGGGUCUGUGAGGGGUGUCCAGUUCGACCGAUAUGGCGCACUCUGGAUCGGCGGCGUCGAGCUGCUUCGCACGACGACCCCAGAGCCCUCGCCAGCGGGCAUCGACUGGCACAUCGCGCGCGACGUGACGGUCUAUGGCUCCUUCCUCGCAAGCGGCGAGCCGAUGAAUGCAACGCUGAGCAUCCCCAAUGUGGUCGACUCGACCUACACUGGUGCACUCAGCAUCUCUGUCAGCUUGAGCUUUGAGCCGGGCCGCUCGCUUGACGACGGACUGACCACCGAGGCUCCCGCGGACCUUGUGAUCCCGCUUGCCAACCCAGCGCGUAG